AUGGAGAGGGAGUAUGUAGACUGUUUGGCCCAGGAAAACGAGCUUGGCGUGCAAGCUCCCGUGGGUUUCUGGGAUCCAGCAGGGUUCACCUCUGACGGUGAUGCACUCGAAUUCAGGCGCCGCCGCGUCGUUGAGCUCAAGCACGGUCGCGUGUCCAUGCUCGCCUGCACUGGGUACAUCGUGCAGGAGUUCUUUAGAUUCCCAGGAUUCCUUUCUCCAUCCACAGAUCUCAAGUUCUCCGACGUGCCCAAUGGUUUGGCAGCGGUGACGAAGGUCCCCGCAGUCGGAUGGUUCCAGUAUACCGUCUUCUGUGGCAUCUGCGACCUUUGGUUGUGCCAUCAGGUAGCAGGCAACCCUCCGGGCAAGCUGACCACUCGCCUCUUUGGCGAUGAAGCGCUAAAUUACGAGUAUGGCUUCCUGGGCAUCCCCACUUAUUUGGGCGGCCAGGCCAUCAGCGAUCCUGAGCUUCGUCAGAAGAAGCUCAAUGCCGAGCUUGCAAAUGGUCGCCUGGCCAUGAUGGCGAUCAUUGGCAUGUUUUUCCAGGAUGGACUCACAGGCUCGGCCUGGGGCGACUGGACGAACUACACAGACUCUCCUCUGCGAGCCUUUGAGAAUGAACUCGGUGUGCAGGCACCUCUGGGUUACUUCGACCCGCUCGGUCUCGCCAAGGAUGGUGAUGUUGAGACUUUCCGGCGCCGCAGAGAGUCCGAGAUCAAGAAUGGUCGAGUCGCCAUGUUUGCCACGAUGGGAUAUAUAGUUCCAGAAUACUUCAAGUUCCCGGGCUACUUGGCGCCAUCUUCGAAUCUGAAAUUUGCGGAUGUGCCCAAUGGACUCGGUGCAAUCACCAAGGUGCCUGCCGAGGGCUGGCUGCAGUGGGUCGCCCUCUGCGGCUGCUAUGAGCUUUGCGUCAACCAGCCGGUGGAUCCUGCAGACCCUGGCAACUACGGCAAGGGCAAGCUGGGUUACGGUAACAUGGUCCUUGGCAUUACGGCUGAGCCUAUGGCAGACGACGAGGCGCGCACACGUGGAAGGAACUCCGAGCUUGCCAAUGGUCGCCUCGCGAUGAUGGCCAUUGUCGGCCUUUGGGUCCAGAACGGGCUGUUCGGCACUCCAUAUGGACUGUACACCGGCUCCAGCGCGUUUGAGAACGAGCUCGGAGUGCAAGCUCCUGCUGGUUUCUGGGACCCGCUCGGGUUUACCAAGGGUGGCGAUGCUGCCUCCUUCCGCCGACGGCGAUACGUGGAAUUGAAGCACGGCAGAGUAGCCAUGCUGGCCUGUUUGGGAUAUAUUGUCCCAGAGUACUACCGAUGGCCCGGUGACCUCUCCCCUUCUCUGGGCCUGAAGUUCACCGAUGUCCCCACUGGCUUCGCAGCCUUCAGCAAGGUGCCUCUGUCCGGCUGGGCACAGAUGGUAGCCUUCGCUGGUUCUGUCGAGCUCUUUCAGUAUGUCGACGAUCCCACACGGGCCCCUGGUGACUUCGAGAAUGCCGGGUACCUGGGCAUCCCGAACGGCUUUGUGAAGUCCCCUGAGGGUACCAAGGAGAAGAAGCUUUCUGCAGAGAUCGCCAAUGGCCGCUUGGCCAUGAUGGCCAUCAUCGGCAUGUUCUUCCAGAACGGUCUGACAGGCACGGCAUGGGGCGACUGGUCGGUUUACACUGACUCGCCACUUAGAGCUCUGAGAGCGGCGCAGGAGCUGAUCGUGGGAACAGGCGGCCCGUUCCAGGACAGCUUUUGGGACCCUGCUGGCAUCACUGCAAGGUCAACGGAGAAAGAAGUCUUGCAGCUUCGUGCCAUCGAGCUCAAGCAUGGGCGUGUGGCAAUGCUCGCUGUGCUGCAUUGGUUCCAUGUGUCGGCGGGAUACCACCUCCUGGGUGACUACGCCAUUGGAGAGAAGAUGUCGAACAAUCCGCUUGUCAACAUGACGCAGCUUCCAAUGGGCGGUAUGUGGCAGGUCGUGUUCACCAUCAUGUGCCUGGAGUGGGUGACAACCUACAUCUGCAAGCCGCCGGCAGACCGACCUUGGGAUGUCCUCGGCUGGAAGGGCAUCAUCGACGAGAGCUAUGAUUCCAAGGUCUGGAACAGAUGGCAGGACGUCCAGUGCCAGGAGUUGAAUAAUGGACGCCUCGCCAUGAUUGCGAUCACUGGCUUGGUAGCACAGGAUGUGGUCACCGGUGAGUACUUCGAAGGAAUCGGACAGCUGUGCUUCGGAGCGCAGGUCUGCAAGGAUGCGACGCAAAUCAACUACGAGGCAUGGGAAGUGCCUCCGAUCGCCUACGAAGAGGCUUUCAAGUACUCCUGGUCCAUUGGCCGGUUUGGCGCCCUGGCCUACUUUGGCAACCAGUUUGACUCUACGUGCCUCAACCCAGAGGAUUCGAUUUGCAUUCUUACCGUGCGCUCCCUGUUCCUUCUCACUUUGCUUCGGCUAGCUAUGCCAAGCCAUGCUUCUCUCAAUGCGACCGAUGUGACCCUCAUCAAGGCCAUUUUCCGAAAGGCAGACGUGGAGCAGACGGGAGUCCUAAGUCGGGAAGCCUUCGUGCAGCUCCUCCGUCGCCUGGACAAGAAGAGGUGGACCAAUGCUGCAGUUGAAGGCCUGAUGAAGGUCAUAGACCGCAACACUGACGGCAAUGUGCAGUAUGAAGAGUUCCUGGAUUGGUGCAUGGGUGGGGGAGAUGGCUCGAACGAGGUCGUAACUCUCGCCCGACUCACCAGCUGCAAGAAGGUCACGCCCUUGGUGCGCAAGGAUGCCCUGGCCUUUCUGUCGCAACCAGGUCGGAGCGCUCUUUUUCCGGAAUUCUCCGAAGUGCUGCGGGGAGACCGAGAACUCUGCCAGGUGGCCAUGGGCGAACUUGGCGUUCCACUCAAAUAUGCGACGGAUGCAAUCAAGGACGACAAAGAGGUGGUGGAGUUCCUCCUAAAGAGCAACUGUCGCAACUUCAGGCAUGCUUCUGAGCGGCUGCGCAACGACAAAGACUUCGCGUUGGCAGUGAUCCAAAAGCACCUGACAUAUCCUUGGUCUGUGGACGAGAUCUUCGAUCACGUUUCUCGAGCAAUCACCGGCGACUUCGACAUCAUGUUGGUGGCAGUGCAGCUUCAGCCAACGGUGUUACGUUAUGCAGCUCCUCAUUUGCGAGACAACAAGGACCUGGUCCUGGCUGCAGUUCAGAGUAAGCGCUGCACUCGUCACUCCGAUGCGCUGGGGAAGGACUUCUCUGAUUGGUUUCCUCGUGCAGAGUUCGCGGGCGACCGGGACGUGAUGCUGGUUUUAGUCAAGAAGAUGCCGCUGUUGCUGAAGCAGGCCUCACACAAGCUGAGGGCUGAUCGUCAACUUGUCAUGGUCGCCGUUGAAGGGGACGGGGACGCUCUGGAAUUUGCUUCAGAGGAACUGCGGGGCGAUCGGGAAGUUGUCAGCAUCGCUGUGGAGCACAUGCCACCGGGUGGUGACAUUCUCAAGUUCGCGUCGGAAGCAUUGCGAGAGGAUUCGGAGCUGCAGCUCCUGCAAGCUCAAGCUGUCGAGCGCCACGAGGAAUGGCUGGCCAAGCCGACCAGAAAGACAAGAGUAGACAGCUAUGACAAGUGGCCCUCAGGCUUUGGCAGCGCGUGGAUGGCUAUCGGCGCCACAUGGAUGUCCUGGGUGCGGGCCACACAGGAUCCAGCCAGCCGAGACGCUUCCCAGGUCGGCAAAAGCGGGGUGCGAUGUCUGGGCCAGCUGGAUCUGAGUGCAGAUGCCCAGCUUCAUAUCGAGGCCGCGCCGACUCCGCUUCAGCACGGCCAAGUCGGCGUCCUCGUUUCCGACGGUACUGUAGUCUGCCAGCAGAGCAGCGGUACUCUCUCCCACCUUCGGCUGCACUCGCAUGAUAUGAGCAGCCAAGCUCAUGUCAUGGAUACUUUCGAGCGACAGAAGGGCUGCUUCCUUCAGGCCUUGGCGUUGAAUCGCUUCGCCUUGGCUUUCAAGAUCGGACUGGCCUUGAACUCGCGAGACCUGUGGCUGGCGUUGGGCAGAAGGAGCCUGGAGUGCCUGGACAUCGCCUGGGCAAAGAAGGCAUACAGACAAGCGCCUGCUCCGGGCAUGGUGAUGUACCUGGAUAAGAUCCAGACUGUCGAGGACAAGCUCCUCCUGAGCGGUCAUGUGUCUGCCCUCUUCGGGAACUUCGCGAAGGCGAGAGAGUACUUCCUGCAGAGUUGCAGUCCAGAGACUGCGUUGGACAUGCACUGCGACUUUCUUGAAUGGGAUCAGGCAUUGCAAUUGGCGCAAACGUACGCUCCGCACCGCUUGAGCGACAUUUACCUGAAGAGCGCGUCGCAACUGGAAGGCCGCAACCAGAACGAGCAGGCAUUGAGCCAUUAUGAAAUGGCGAUGCGGGACCACAUACCAGGCACCCGGCCGGAGCACGAAUCACAGUGCAAGGCCGGUAUUGCUCGCACCUCGGUGAAGAUGGGUGACCUGCCGCGGGGCAUGCAGAUGGCCCUCGACCUCAAUGACCCAACUGUUUGCCGCGACUGUGCCGCUGUGCUACACAAGAUGAAGCAGUAUGUCGAGGCCGCCCAGCUGUACGAGGCUGCAGGCUCUUACGACCAAGCCGCAUCACUGUAUAUCUUGGACUUGAACUUUGACGCUGCUGCGCCACUCAUGGCCAAGAUUUCCACGCCAAAGCUGCACCUGCAGUUCGCGAAGGCCAAGGAGUCUCGUGGAGCAUAUCAAGAUGCUUUGGUGGCGUACGAGCGAGCUCGAGAUCUGGACAGUAUGGUUCGAAUCUGCCUGGACAAUCUGAACCAGCCCCAGAAGGCAUGGCUGGGUAAAUUCUUGAAACUCCUCCAGAGUCUCACAUCCAUGAUCGAACAGACAACAUCAGACACAGAGCUCUCUUCGAUUGAUUCCCUUUGCGCCGUCAAUGCGCUCAUGCGUGCCAAUGAUCAGCGAAUCAAGUCCGCGAAGGAGAGGCGAGAAGACGGCCUCGAGCUAUUCAAAAGAGGCGAUCUGAUUUCAGCUGAUGAAGCCUUUGGCGAGGCUAUCCAAUUCCUGGAGCGCCCCGGGCGAGCUGAUCGACCGAGGUCUGUCACUGGGGCUGAGCACGAGGAGCAGCUUUUGGCAGACUGCCUCUCCAAUCGAGCCCAGUGCAUCCUUGACAUGGCACAGGGGAAAGGGGUCCUUCCCGACGGAACGCCGUUCGUGUCGCAGUUCGAGGAGCAAGAGCACUUCGAGUACUUCAAGAAGCAGGCCUUGAAGCAGGCUGAAGACAGCGCAGAGAAGGCUUGCCUAGUUUGGUGUGACGACAAAAGUCUUUUCCGACUCGGGAUGGCAAGAAUGCUGACAGCCCAGUGUGCGCGGCUAGAGGCCAUGUGGAUGAUGCCCGAAGACAACAACGAGAUUAUGAAGGAUGCCGGCAGGUGCUUUCAGAAAGCAUUGAAAGCCCGCCCUUCUGCCGCCAGCCAGCAAAAACUGGACGAGGUAAAACGGUGGCUCGCUGAGAGGAAUGUAACAACGCUCUACCCAGAGUACGUGUGCCCCUGGCUCCGGGACUGCCGGCAGUUUGGCAUUCAGCUGCAGUCUGAGGGAGGACCACUCUUCGAGCUCUCGCGAGCUCUCGAGCAGGCGAAGUCGGAUCGCGGAGAAAAAGAGGCUGCAUUCUCCCAGUCACGGCUGCUUCUCUUCAGCCGAGGGAAGCAAAGAGAAUCAGGGGUUCGCCACGAGUCGUGUCUAGGCUUUCCAGCUUGUACGCGAGACGAAGCUGGCUACAGGGGCCGAGCGCGUCAGGGCCUCAGCUUCCUGUGGCGGAGUAUUGCCGAAAGAAUGGUCGAAGAUCCCAGCUUCGUCAACACGGCAUGCAACAUCUCUGGUGCAGUGGAGUUUCUGCUCCUGGCCAAAAACACAGAUGAGGCCUUCCUUCUGGCAGAGCGGCAGGAUGAGAUGGCAACAUUCGAAGCCGGCCUCGGCGAUCAUGGCACGCAACAGCAGCACCGCGCAAUCGCGAAGUACUACGAGCAGCGCAACCUUUUGGCCAAUGCUGCCAAGCACUACGCGCUCUGUGAGGAGUACCCGACCGCUCUGCGGCUUUACUUGAAGGUUGGAGAGAAGGAGAUUGACCACGCCAUUGAGGUGGUUGGCAAGGCGAGGAAUGAUUCCUUGACUCACACGCUGAUUGACUAUCUCAUGGGCGAGACAGACAAUGUGCCAAAGGAUGCCAAUUAUGUGUACAGACUGCACAAGGCUCUCGGAAACUACAUGCAGGCUGCCGGCACGGCCCACAUAAUUGCCAAGCAAGAGCAAGAGAUGGGCAAUUACAAGCAGGCCAGCGGAGGAAGGAGGGAGCGCGGGGGAGAAAUAGGGACAGCCUUGUGA